GCACUCGUGCGCAGCAGUCAUCGGCCAGCUCGGACAGAAAAGAACAGCACUUAUUCGGAGUAUACUGCUUGAAAGGAGCUAGUGCUGUAGGAAUCGAGGCUUGGCAAUGGCUUUGCGGGUCAGCCGGAACACAAAAGUCAAUACAGAGAACAAUUCCAAACCUGCAAUGGCAGCUAACAAGCGGGGGGUGACUGCUACCAAACCCGGCUUGAGGCCUAGGACUGCCCUGGGAGACAUAGGCAACAAGGCAUGUGAGCUGAAGCCCAAAAAUGUAGUGAAAAAGGAGCCACCGAAGCCUACAAUUGUGGAUAAAAUAACUCGAAAAGCUAUUAAAGCCCCUGAAAAAGCAACUGAGCCUGUAAAGGAAGAAAAGCCAAUUCCAGAACCUGUUAAGUUGGAGUCUCCUUCCCCAAGCCCAAUGGAGACUUCUGGUUGUGCACCAGCUGAGGACAUAUUAUGCCAGGCUUUCUCUGAUGUUCUCCUUGAAGUACAUGAUGUAGAUACAGAUGAUGCUUCUGAUCCAAACCUUUGCAGCGAAUAUGUGAAAGACAUCUACAACUACCUGAAAGUUCUUGAGGAUCAACAGUCAGUGAGAGCAAACUAUUUGGCAGGCCAGGAAGUUACUGGAGGCAUGCGGGCAAUUCUAAUUGAUUGGCUUGUGCAGGUCCAGAUGAAAUUCAAACUCUUGCAGGAGACCAUGUACAUGACUGUUGCCAUUAUUGAUCGUUUUCUGCAGAACAACAAAGUUACUAAGAAAAUGCUGCAGUUGGUUGGUGUGACAGCCAUGUUCAUUGCCAGCAAGUAUGAAGAAAUGUUUCCUCCAGAAAUUGGUGACUUUGCCUUUGUGACAGAUCAUACUUAUACCAAACUCCAGAUCAGACAAAUGGAGAUGAAAAUCCUAAGAUCUCUUGAUUUCAGUCUUGGUCGACCCCUUCCACUGCACUUCCUAAGGAGGGCAUCAAAAAUUGGAGAGGCUGAUAUCCAACAGCACACUCUGGCAAAGUACCUGAUGGAACUCUCAAUAGUGGAUUAUGACAUGGUACACUACCCUCCCUCUCAGAUUGCAGCUGCAGCUUUCUGCUUAUCUACUAAAAUUCUUGAUGAGGGGGAAUGGACACCAACUCUACAACACUACAUGUGUUACACAGAGAAUACUCUUGUGCCUGUUAUGCAGCAUAUGGCAAAGAAUGUGAUAUUGGUAAACCGAGGCCUUACAAAGCAUAUGACGGUCAAGAAUAAAUAUGCCAGCAGCAAGAAUGCUAAGAUCAGCACCCUUCCAGCUCUGAACUCAGAAGUCAUACUGGAUCUGGCUAAACCACUACUGAAAUAGAUCUAACUUAACUGUUUGGCAAGCUGACACUAUGUGUCACUGGAUGUGUGUGUAUAUAAAUAUAUUCAUCUAAAAGUUUUUAAUAAACUUUCAUUUUUACUUUGACCACUUGUCAUGAUCUAACUGCAAAACUGUCUAGUAAGACCAAAGUAAAACCAAAUGUAUCAGGUUGUUGGAGAAAACACAUUCUGUUCUAGAGACACUUUCAGUUCUAAAGUACUCUAAACUCAAGUCUUCUGGCAACUAUGGAAAAGCCCAGUCCACCUGAGCCAUGUAUGCAGACUGCACAUAAAUGGCAGCUGCCCAGCAAACAAUUAUAAACAAGUACCUUAGGAAUGCCUUCAUCAUUCCCAAGAUACCUGAACCUCCCAUGUGCUUUUCUCAAGUGGACCUUCUGUUUCUCUGGAACUCUUUGUACACUCAUACGCCUGCAGAAACAAGUUUUUAUCUUGGAUCAGAGAGAGAGGCUCUCACCGAAUA